CCCUCCCGCCUGCUCUGGCGCGGCUAGAAUGUCUGUUACGGCCCGGCAACAGCUUCCGCUCGGUGGCAGCCAAUGAGACGCCAGACGCGGCCCCGGAAGCGGAAGCAGUUGUGGACUUGGAGGAGAAGAAGGCUAAAAGUGGCACCGAAUCGCCUGUGGAGCGGGGGACGAGAUGAAUGGCUGAGAAGAAUUUAUGGAGGACAGCAAAGUUUUCCCAGAGGCCUUCACAUCCACAGCCCCAUGCUAUUCCAGAGCUCCGUAAAGCCUGGAAAACUAUCUCAAACACCAAAGCCGCUCUUAGGCACAUAGAAAAUAAGCUGGAUGUGGCCCCCACAAGCGGUGCAGUGUUUGACUCCAUCAUGGAUACUAGGAAACCAGCAAACAGUGCUACCCGGAAAAUAAGUAGGAAGGAUGGACGAUAUAUUGAGGAUUCGAAUGCUCACCACAGCAAAUCUUCCCGGCCCAGCAAGUCUGGCAGAGACAAGUCUUCUCGCAGCCCUUUACGUGUCACUACUCUGGAGAGUAACGUAAGAGGCUCUUGUCAUGUUGGCUUCCGAGAACCUCUGGCCUCAUACUGUGACUCUGUUAAAGCCCUGUCUACAAAUGAGAGGGGCUCUGUGCAUUCGGUAUCUGGUGUAAAGGACUGUGGCAAAGGGGAAAAGGACUUUGACAGUACUCGUUCUUCUGCUGUGGAUGAGACAACUGUGCGCUACCUAAAUGACCGACUAGCCAUUGAUGCUUUGGAGUGGAAAUUUCCACAGUCUAACUGGGACAUACACACUGAUUAUAGAGAGUCAAGGCCAACAGAAACUUCUCAGCAACCCCCUUCAUUCAGCCCCUCCAGUAACAGACUAGAGACAUUAAAAAGGCGACAACCUGACGCCAAGCUAGAGAAACUGAAAGAGCGUAUUCGCAGACAGUGGGAACUCUCCGGGGACCGGGACAGCAGAGAACAUCUCCCCAAGUCUUCAAACGUCACAGACAUCGCAACGAGUACAAAGACACGGAAAGUGGCAGCAGCUCCACCUCCACCAUCCUACCCUGGUUUCAACCCUCCAGAAACAAAAAUUCGUACCCCAGAUGGCAAGGUCUUUCAGGAGUCUGACUUUCAGAACCUCAGUGCACAGCUGCAUGGGUCUUUGUUACCCUCUUACCAGGAUGAAACUUGUCCCAUGGAGAAGUCACGAGGGAAAAGAACACCCAGGCCAGUGAGGAAAGUUCAGAGAUUGGGAGGAGCUGGGAGCUCUGCAAGUCCUGAUGGUAAGAUAGGACAUGUAAUCAGUACGUCUUCCUGGAGAGAUGGACAGAAAUUGGUCAAACAGAUCUUAGGUCCUGCACCCAAGGUUGAGACAGAAUCAAAAUCUCAGCCUAAUGUCCGUCAAGCAAGCAAAGGCUUUUCUUCUACUGAUGGUCAGACUUACAAGAGACCGGUGUCCAAAGAGAGAAACACAGACAAAAGGACUGUGCCCAGUGAUCAACAAAGGGAACAGCGCUCUAAAGCAAGUGAUCGCCAUGCUGGCAAACAAGCCCCAUCCAAAGAGGCACCAAGAGAGAACCAGGAUAGGUCCAUCAAAUCAGCAAACUCUUCAAGCCGCUCUGAUACACGUAAUGUUAAGUCUAGCAGAAGCCAGGCAGAUACUUUAAACUGCAAGAACACAAAGUCCCAGUCUGAGGAGGAUGAGAGACGGAAUGAUUCUGCAGAUGUGAAGAAAGAUUUCCUUCCGCUAGAGAUCAGAGGCAUCUUAGAUGAUCUGCAGUUAGAUACUGGUGUUGAUGGCUCAAAACAGGGUCCAAACAGAAGUCACAGCUCUGCCAAAAGGAAAUCUGAAAAAGGUCAGGCUCCAGAGGAGCCACCUAUCUCUUCUAAACGGAGACACUAUGACACAGAGCAGGUAAGACUGUACAUAAUGCGCCAACAGGAGGAAAGGAAAAAGCGGCAGAAUGAACAGAGAGAGGCUCAGCGGCAAGCGGAGGAACAGAAGAACAGGCGACUACAAGAACUUUAUCAAAAACAAAAAGGGGCUUUCGGCAAAGCAAAAAGUUCAACAGUGAUGCCUAGAGAGAAGGAAGCCCCAGAGCCGAAAUCAUUGCAACCAAACUUGCAUCAAUUACAGGAUACGUACACCAAAGUGCUUCUUGGACAGACUUGGCCUGAUGCGACUACACAAGAAAAACAGCCUUUGUAUCAGCCUUCUGGUGAAUCUGACAAAGAAAACAAGGGCCAGGAGAGACCUCCUAGUGCCUCUUCCAGCAGCGACCUCUCUCUCUCUGAGCCUCUACAGCCUCUGCUCAGGAGUGACCUUGUGGACGCAUACUAUCCCCAGCCAGACAGGCUUUCCUCCAAGGGCCCAUUACUUCAAUCUCCAUUCCUAGCUCUUCCUAAAGAUUUGGAGUCUCUGCUCAACUCAAGGAAAAGUACUGUAAAUGUGUUUCCAUUGGCACAGAAGGUAACCUUUCAAGGGAAACCAUCUGCUGACUUCAAGAGCAACUUGGAUCGCAUCGAGUCUUUAAAAGCUACAGCAGUUUCUCUGUCCUCUAGGAUUGAAAAUGAGGCAAAAAAGUUAGCUGGUGGUUCACUAACCUUCCCAAUAGCCUGGUCAUCUGAUCCUGACCCCAAACCAACAGUAAAAACAGCAUGGAAAAAGCCAGACAGUCCUCCGGAGCGAGAAAGCAGAGAAGACGUUUUCUCUAAUCGGAUUCAUAAAAUGCUCAGCACUUGUACAACUCACUUCUCCCAGGAUGACCUUCCUGGGGCCAAUCAUCUUUAUAGGAAACUUCCAGCAGAAUUAAAUCCUUACGCAAGUACCUCAGCUGAAGGCAGAGAAGAGGAAAGAGUGUCCGUACAAAGACUUGAGAAGUGUGUGAGGCUUUCUGAAUCUCCAAAUAAAGCCAGCCCCUCUCCCAACUCUAGCACCAGCUCCAUCAGUGAGGGGCCCAUACUGAGUGAAGGCAGCUUUUCUGAAGGAGAUGGUCACCCCAGGAAUGGGUCAGAUCUCCACCUGGCAGAAUCACUGAACAAUAAAGAGUUCUGCAUCAGGGACAACAAAUCCUUUGCUCCACUUUCUGAAUUCCAGCGGGAGGCUAAUAAGUAUACACCAUUGCUGGUGUCUAAUAUUGGGUCUGACGUUCAAGGACCUUGGGAAGAGCUGUCGAAAGGGAGUCCCCACAGUGUUAUCAACAUCUUUACCAGGACGUACCAGCUCUUUAGGAAAGAACUGAAUGAACGCGCUGAAGAAAAUGUAACAGAUUUUCGACCCGUAUAUUCAGCAGCCAGUUCCCAGAACAGCAUCUCCUAUGCCGAUGACUUCAUAUCAUCCCAAGAUAGUGAAUCGGCAACAGAUUCCCAAAACGCUGCUCGUCAGAGUGUGGAUAGCAAUGCUUUUAGUGCCAAGGAGGAACUACCUGUUUUCAAAUCUAGAAGUGAGGGUGCAACGUCUCAUUCAUCACAAAUUCCCUCAGCUGCCUCAUCUCCUCUCUCCAUUUCUUCUCAGAAAGGAAGCUCAAAGCGAAAGGACUGGCAGAAUGAUAACUCUCCAUUCCCUGUAAAAGUUGAUCAAAACUCUUUGGGCUCUGACCAUAAAGGGAAAGGCAGCAAGCAAGCUUCUCCAGUUCUGACUGCUAGCAGAGAGCGGUUGUCAGGCUCUGACUCGGAGAGCACACUGGGUAAUAUCUCCUCUCGCUCCUCUGCAAGUCUCUUGUCAGACUCAGGAAGGGAUAAAAGCAGUUAUCCCUACAGCUUUAAAGAUCCGGGAGGACGAGUACCAACACAGUCAGGACAUCCAGUAUCUACAGCAAUGGGAUUCCAAGCACCAGGUUUAAUAACCGGGCCUGGUCAAGGCUCUAUGCGAUAUUCUCCUGCUGGCCUGCAGCAACGCCUUUCUGCAGAACUGAAUUAUCUGGGCGCCAUGGAGGAAUCUGUUCGGCAGAUCUGUGAUGUCGAGCGUGUCCGUGGGAUUUCUCUGGCACAACAGGAAACCGUUUCGCUAGCACAGAUCCUGAAGGCUCAACAACAACGUCAUGAGCAAAACAUGGCUGCACUGAGACAGCAGGCAGAACAAGAGACCCAAGCAAGUAUGAUACAGGUGGAAGAGUCUCGUCAGCAAGCAGCACAGGCACAGUCAGAAAUGCUUCAGCGGUUUCAGAAAACCCUAGAGGCAUCUGCGUCCCAAAAUGUGAAUCAAGUCCAGGAGGAGCUAGAACAUGGACAUUUAUCUCCAACCAGCUCAGAUCCUGCUACGACUUCUCUGACUGACCAAAGGAAACGGCCGCGUUCUCAUGGGAUUAGGAAAAAUGGUUCAAGAUCUGCCUCUCCAUCUUCCCAACCUCCAAGCAGUGCAUCCAGCUUCAAAGAACGAUUGCACAGCAGCAGCAGUGAGCAGGACAGUCUACCAGCUUCAUCCAUAAAGGAGGAAACCAUGAGCCAUAGAGAGCUGGAGGAGAGUAUCUCUGAGGAGCUGCCCACUCCAGAACUGAGUGCAAUAAAGGGAGAUAGCAGCUUAUCUAUUGAUGAUAAAGGUGCAAGUGCAGCAGGUCCUAUAAAUGAAGAAGGCAUUGAGGAAUUAUCAUUCCGUUCUCUUCUCCCUUCUGAAGCCCAUAGACGUGGUAGUUUAGAGAGACAACGAAGCCAGCGACAUGAAUCUGAUGAAGAGAGCACUCCUGACAAGGAGCUCAGCGGCCCCUUUUCAAGUGGUCAGGACAGUUUCUGGAAGUUCACUAUGGAGAUGGUUCGCCAGUACAUGCAGGAAGGAGAGAUGCGCUCGGCUCACCAGGCUGCUCUUCUUCGUCUUCGUCAGAAAGCGCUUAAAGACAAGACUAAAGCAGAACUUGCGUGGCUGGAACACCAGAAGCGACGUCUGCGUGAUAAAGGAGAGGAUGAUAAAAUGCCCCCUCUGAGGAAACGGCAGCGCGGCCUUUUGCUUCGACUGCAGCAGGAACAGGCUGAAAUUAAACGCCUGCAGGAAGCAAAUAAAGCAGCUCGUAGAGAGAGACAGCUUAUCCUGAAGCAGCAAGAGGAGAUCCAGCGAAUCCAGAACAGUACCCUGCGCCUGCAGGAGAAGCUGAAGUCUGCAGAGAGCGGGCAGCUGGAGCAGUCCAGCGAGGUGACCAUUCAGCCCAGUCCAUCAUCAAGCCAUGCUCCCUCUGAAGCAGAGAGCCGCAGCCCAUCUCCAGUGUCAGUCUCCGGGAGUGAGACCAGUAGCAUCAUGCAGAAGCUCCGCAAGAUGCACGGUCACAUGGAUGCCAAAGACAUCUGCCCUGUUCACUGCUUCUUCUCUGUCUUUACGCCCCAGCACUGGGCCUCUCUCAGUGUGUGCUUUCCCAAACUUCACCCCAAAUUCCAGCUCUAUAUCUGCCGCCAGCUGCUCAGAUUCUUGACGAAACGGGAGCAGCAGCUGGUGCAAAGAAGGUUACAUGCACAGGAGCUGCUGGAGUGGAAAAGGAGGCUGGAUGCUGAAGAGCUGGAAAUUAGGUGUAUUGAGAAGCAAGCCCUUGCUGCUUGGGAUAACCAAAGGGUAAAACCAGCAAGCCAUAGUACUGAAGGAGAAGACACUAUAGUAGAAGAGAAGAGGAGCACGGAUGGGUCGCCAACCCCACUAAGUCCAACAAUACGGACGAGGACCUCCUUAAGCCCUCCUGAGUACUCCGACAGCAUUGAACCAUCAACCAUCGCUGAACAGAUUCAUGAGCAGAGCAGAGAACAUAGUAGCAUUUCUGAAGAGCUGGCUGUAUCUGCCCCCAGAAAGAUGUCUCCUCCAAGAAGCAGCAUGUCACCAGCAGAAUUGGAGUCCAGCAAGCAGAGUGUAAAGGCAGGGCGCCAGAGAGUCCACAUUACACUAAGACCUCACCAGCUUUCUCACACAUGGUCUGAAGAAUCCUUGUCCAUGACACAUUCAGAAGCCACAUCAGAUCAAAGUGAUAUUGAAGGCCGUAUCUGGGCGCUGAAGGAAGAGCUAAGGAAACGCAAAUCAGUUGUGGAAAACUUAAAGAGAGAGCAGAAGAGAAGGCAAAAGGAGAGAUUGCGAGCACAGGAAGCCACCUUACUUCAGCAACUUCAGUCCUAUGAUGAGUUCAUUCAGAAGACCCAAGCUGAACUCAGCGGAGAACAAGGCACAACACCCAGUAUUAAAAGUGUGCAUAAAUCUGCAACGCCUGCGAGAGAGGUAGUCCUGGCGCGGCCUGAUGCCCAAGAAAGAGCUGAGAGCACACCUUCCUAUAGAGUUGACAGAGAGAAUCUAAAUGAGAUCAGCAUACAGUCUGAUGCAGAAAACAUCAGUCAGGAGGAUUCAUUGACCAGCAAAAAGGAGGUUGUGACAGAGAGUAUCUAUGACGAGUCUGCACAUACACCUGCUCCUUUUUCUGCCAGGGAAGAUGUCCCCAGUACUGUCCCACUAUCACCCCCUUUCAGAGAGCCUUUGCCAUAUGACAGCCCAGUUUCCAGCAUCCAUUCGGAGAUAUCGGAGGACGUGGCAGAUACGCAAAGCCAUAGAUCCAUCUCACCUCUACCGGCCCUGCAACUUCAUUUAAGGAGUGUAACCCCAGAGGAGAAUGUCUCCCCUCACAGAGAUCACUCCUACUCUGAUGAUUUUGAGGCAUCUGCAGCCUUCAAGCAUUCAGUCUCUGAGACUCCUCGUGAGGAAUUGGAUGUCUCAUACACCACAACACCAGGGAAAGAAAUUCCCAGUGAAAGUUUUGAUGAGCCAGAUGAAAAACGCAGCGGAUUUAGGUCUGUGAGUCCUGUCUUUCAGGCGAUCGCAGAGGUCAAGCCUCCCUCUCAAGAACCACAGCCUUCCAGUGAAAUAAGUGAUCCUUUUGCAGGUUUGCAGCUAGGAGACAGAGUUCUGGUGAGCGGAGUGCAGCCUGGCACACUGCGAUUUAAAGGGGAGACCCUGUUUGCAGAGGGUGAAUGGGCCGGAGUGGAGCUUGACAAGUCAGAAGGUAAUAAUGAUGGCUCACUUGGAGGCAGUCGGUAUUUUGUAUGCUCACCUCUGCAUGGAAUAUUUGCACCCCCACACAAGAUUACACCCCUAUCAGAGGAGGAGCAAAGGUCUCCAUCAGCGGGCGAAUGCAUCUUCAAUGUAGAUACAUCUCAUGAACAGAAGGACCACCCUCCUUUCGUUGAAGAUUUUGAACCAAAAUCCCCAAAGAUCCCUUUGCAAAGCACAGACUCUAGUGUCUCAGAGUCACACAGUACAUCCCUAGAUGAGGAGUUGCAGGUAGAUCUCACCACGGAUGCCGACAUUCAGGACAAGGAAAGAGAAAAGCCACAAACCCCUCUGCUGGAGCUUACGGAGAAACCUCACGAGGCCAGCUUACAUACGAGAGCACCAGAUGUGAGCACACUUUCAGAGAGUCUUCUACAGUCCUGCCUGAAGGAUACAAUUAUCUACCUACAAAACAUACGCAAACAGCGGGCGCAGAAAAUUGAGCAGAGCAACCAAGAUCUCCACAGCAUUCAGGCUGUCAGUGAUGUGCCCAAAGAGAGAGAUGUCGUCCCAAAAGAAGACCGACACCAGUGGCUGGAACCUGUGCUCGGAGCAUUUGGUGAAAAGGCUGUAGCAGAGUUUGAACCAAGUCGUAGCCUGCUUUCUGUCCUUGGGGAUGAUCAGGAUUGGUUUGAUGAGGAUUUUGGAUUGAGUAGUCGUAAAAACCAGCAUUUGGAACGUGCCCUAUCUAUUGGUCCUGUAACAAACUCGAGCACAGUAGCCCCCCUUCCUGAGCCACCACCAAAACCUGUACAACCCAUGACCCCACCAGAGCUCAUCUUGGCUGUUCCUCACACUGUGCCAGAGGUGGAACAGCUGGUGCAAGUGGCAGUGGACAAGCUGUGGGGAUGGAAGCAGCUGGGCUGUGACAUUCAGGAAAUCCGAACCGCUUUCACGUGUACGGAGAAUGAUGAGCAGAGCCUGGCUACCAGUUCCUAUAAAGAAAUGUUGUUUGACCUGACAUUACACAUAUUCGACGAGAUAUGCUCUGUGGACCCCCGAGGAUCUCAGCCACCAUGGAAGAAACCUGUUCGAGUGUCUCCAUCUUAUUCCCGCCGAGUAAGAGACCACAAUGACUUACAGGAAGUGAAGACUUUUUUGACCAGUGAAGUUCUAAAUCUCCUGAGCCUAAGGAAGGAACAUAAUCAUAAAACGGACUGGCAGAGGAUGAUGAAGUUUGGAAGGAAGAAGAGAGACAGAGUGGAUCAUAUAUUGGUACAAGAGCUGCAUGAAGAGGAGGCACAGUGGGUGAACUAUGACGAGGAUGAGCUCUUUGUGAAGAUGCAAUUGGCUGAUGGGAUAUUUGAAGCUUUAAUCCGGGACACUGUACAAGUUCUGCAACGCAUCCAGAACAAGAAGAACCUCCCACUGCUGGUGUGAUUUGUACACAUGGCGAAUCCUGCUACACACGGGGAUUGGACGGAGAUGCCCUCCACACGUAGGGAGGAGUCACAGGGUUGUGCUGUUCCUGCAACAAGGAUGUGCCAGGCCAUCUAAGUAACCCUUUUUCUCUGAUCAGAGAGUAUGAGGCUACAGGCAGGAGUGCUACUGAUCCUCCUUUUGGGACUACAGCGUUUGGACUUGAUACAAAUAAUUUACCUUUACUAUUAAUUUUGACUUGAUUUUAAAUUAUUUAUGAAUUCUGUACUAUCGGAUAUGGAAGAGACUCUUCCAGUCUCUUGCAGUGACACUUUACUUGUUGGUCUUAAGGCCAUUUACAGCGCAGGUAGAUAAAUGCCACUAUAAGCAUCCAUCCGCAGUUCUGCUUUCUCUGGCUCAACAGCCUGGAAGGUGUUUUGUGUCUGACAGUAAAAGGGGGCGUGAGACAGAAAGAGUUAAACUUAGCAUGAGUUUGUGAGGCAUAGGUGUGUACAGCUGCCUCAUUAAGUGUCCUUACCUUCUUGCAAUACUUGAAAUGUUGGGUGUACAGUGCCGGGUUUGGGAGAUAGGCAAUCUUCCCAGGUCAGCGCUUUGGCAUGAGAACAUGGUAUUUCUUCAUACAUACAUAUAUACAUAUACACAUACAUUAAUCAUAAGGUAAUUGGUUGAUCAAAUUAUCAUUACAAAUAAAGGGUGUAUCCACAGGCAAUUAACAUGAAAUUUUCAAUUAAUAGCAUUAAUGCCACACAUCCAUAAGACAGCAAAGACUAAUCUUCUCUUAAGCUAGUAACGCCAGUACUCGGCUGUGCAACUUCGGAUCUCCAUAUAGAGUUGGUGUCCGACCACUUUAAAUAACAUCUGUGCUGAAGUGCAUUUGAAGUUGGGCACUGAACGUGAUGUAUGUAUGUAUACAUCUGAAGAGGAAUGCUUCAAAGCUGGCCACUGGCAGGUCCACAGAAUCUACCUGUAUUCUUUCACUGUGUUACUGACUACCUGUAGAGGAAUGUCUUAAAGCCUUAUUCCCCUCAAGUGCUGUUAACUAUCUGCAAAUGGCACUGCUGCUAUAUAAAGAAAUAACAUGGCCAUUGUCCGAAAGCUUAUGCAGUGAUCAGCUGAUGGAUUUUGCAUGACACACAUUGGACUGUAGCCGAGCAUCUGAAGUCAGGUGAUCUGCUCUACAGGGGACUUGACUAAUUAAUCAGAGACUCUUUGUGAAAUGCGUUGAAUCAGCAGCUGUAGGACUUGGAAAACCUGUUUUGACAGUAUUAAGUCCUCUCUUGUAGCAAGUCCUAAUCAACUGUAAAAGUUACAAGUAUCACUAAGGCAGAGUAUUAUAAAUCGUCCUUUAUGAUUUUAUCACAGUGUAUUACAUUAUCUUCUGAGAAAGAAACCUUUCUAUUAAGCUCAUUAACAGCAUGGCACAGAUUGAGCUGUGUCCUUGUCACAGAUGGGUAUUGCAUUGUUCUCCUGCUUCUCUGGAACUGGAGGCUGGCAGGACAAACUGAGCCAUGUAGUUCUGCAAUAGUUGGAGAUCCACAGUUUGCCCAAGUCUACUUCAUGUUAUCCUUUGUCGCAGUGGAGUAGCAUGCAGUUGCCUCCGCACCCCUCCUCCAGUGCUGGUUUCAGCUCAGGGGCCACUUGUACCUGUCACCCAAAAUGCUGCAUUGUAAAUUCCCUUGCUCUGUAUAUCCUUGUGAAUAACCUACAGGAGAAAUGUACAUUAACAAAGCUAAAGCUGUAAAUAAAUAUUGAUUUAUACAUCUGA